CACCAGCUGCUCCUUGGAAACCCUGUGGGGCAGUUCUAUUCUGUACUAUAGGGUCGCUAUGAGUUGGAAUUGACUCAAUGGCAGUGGGUUUGGUUUUGGUUUUUAUUUUCCUUUUAUUUAUUCAACUGAAAGCAUUAUAUUUUAUGUCUGUAUAAUUAGUACAAGGGAGUAAGCAUGAUUAAGCUAAUUUUGAAACAAGCUUACAAUAAUUUAAAAUCCAAAUAAGUAUUGCUAUCUUAAUCACCUCCGGAGGCCACUUUUUCUAAAAGCAUCACUCAGAACAUUUUUGGGAAAAAAAUGGUGACAUAUUUCUUUUGAGUAUUCUCAGGGAUGUCAGAUUUUUAUCCUUGUAGAGUAGCUACACUUUAGUAAAAGUUGGAAGGUAUAUAUAAUUUAGCAAGUAAAUAGAAUGUAACGAAUUUUAUGAAGCAGCAAAAAGUCAUUCAGCUCAGAGUCUAAUGGGUGAGAGAUCUGGAUGAAACCAGGUUGACAUUUGUUCCAAAGCAAGUAGUUUUCCAGGAAAGAAGGUAUUGUAAGUGUAGAUUAUACCCAUCAGCCCCUCAUCAACCUUACCUACCCCUAAAGAACAUAGUAUAUGAAAUUAAUGAAGAAAUAAAAUAAAGCAAAAGUAGCAAAGAAUACUCCACUGGCGUUAAGAAAAUCAGAAAAUAGUCCUAUUUUCAUGUCACAGAUUUCAAGGAAUGUCUUUCAGGCACAGUAUAAUUUAGACCAGAUUGAAAGAAAAUCAGUUGCAACCUUCCUUUCCAGGAGGAUCACACUGUUGUGAGAAUCAGGGAAAGAAAGCUUGAAAACUACUAAUAGGUCAGAGGAAGAAGAAAGUUAGCUGGGUACGUAGUUCAGUUAUGUUUUGAAGCCACAAUAGCAGGGCUAAUAAAGAAACUAUACAUGAUUUAUUAUAUAAAUAUAUAUUUUUUCUUUCUCUGAUGAAAGCUUGUAAUACCAUAGCUGGCUCACUUCUACAUAGAAGUCCCCACUGAACUUAGAUGGACAGGAUUUAGAGGUGAGGUCUAGAGGCAGGAGAAAUGGGUAACAGUUUCAUAAGAUUCUUUUCUUAGCUGUAUAGCAAUUGCUCAAGGCCCUAGCUCCCUCCCCCUCCUUGUAAGGUAGCAAAAUGAAUGAACCAAUUGGAGACACUGAUGAGAUAACUGUUUAUCAGGUAAAUAGACUCAAGAAAAAUCAAUUGCACUAAUUAUGGGCUAAAGCUAUAACCGGUUUGAAAUCUCCUGGUUUAAAAAUUAUUUUUAAAACACAGUGAAAUACACUUUAAUUGGAUGAAUUGCAUGGUAUGUGAAAUAUAUCGCAAUAAAGCUAUCAGAAACAAACAAACAGUGAGACCCCAUGGAGAAAUUUUGCCACAAACACGGGCAUGAAUUCAAGUGAUAAGGAACAUUCACUGUGGGAAACAAAAGAAACUUUAAGUUACUCAAGGAAGGGAGAAUUAGGCUCCUUAGCGAAGAGUUUGUGGACAUAUUUUGAAAUCACACACGUUGUUUGUUUUAUUGUUUCAGGAGGACGGUUGUGAGUCCAGUGCACUUUUGACUCAAUGGGGCUGAAUGGGUUACAAAAUAUCCUCCUAUGCCUGAGACCUACAGACUACAUGGCCUACAGGAAUUAAUCAAUGGUUUCCCAUCUCCUGGAGAUGCAUUAGAAACAAAUAUGGUGCCAAAAGAACUCCUUACCUUCCUCUGACUCCGGUUCAUUGGGCAUACUUUUGUACUGAAGAGAGGUAUACACACUGAGGAGACUCGUUCUGCAGAGACUCUGUCGUGUAGGAUCAUGGACCAUCCUAGUAGGGAAAAGGAUGAAAGACAACGGACAAGUAAACCCAUGGUACAAAGGAGUGCACACUGCUCCCGGCCGUCUGGCUCAUCGACAUCCUCUGGGGUUCUUAUGGUGGGACCCAACUUCAGGGUUGGCAAGAAGAUAGGAUGUGGGAACUUCGGAGAGCUCAGAUUAGGUAAAAAUCUCUAUACCAAUGAAUAUGUAGCAAUCAAACUGGAACCUAUAAAAUCACGUGCACCACAACUUCAUUUAGAAUACAGGUUUUAUAAACAGCUCGGCAGUGCAGGUGAAGGCCUCCCCCAGGUGUAUUACUUUGGACCAUGUGGGAAGUACAAUGCCAUGGUGCUAGAACUUCUGGGCCCCAGCUUGGAGGACUUGUUUGACCUCUGUGACCGAACUUUUACUUUAAAGACGGUGUUAAUGAUAGCCAUCCAGUUGCUUUCUCGAAUGGAAUAUGUGCACUCAAAGAAUCUCAUUUACCGAGAUGUCAAGCCAGAGAACUUCCUGAUUGGCCGGCAAGGCAAUAAGAAAGAGCAUGUUAUACACAUUAUAGACUUUGGACUGGCCAAGGAAUACAUUGACCCUGAAACCAAAAAACAUAUACCUUAUAGGGAGCACAAAAGUCUAACUGGAACGGCAAGAUAUAUGUCUAUCAACACGCAUCUUGGCAAAGAGCAAAGCCGUCGAGACGAUUUGGAAGCCCUGGGCCAUAUGUUCAUGUAUUUCCUUCGAGGCAGCCUACCCUGGCAAGGACUCAAGGCUGAUACAUUAAAAGAGCGAUAUCAGAAGAUAGGUGAUACCAAAAGGAAUACUCCCAUCGAAGCUCUCUGUGAGAACUUCCCAGAGGAGAUGGCAACCUACCUUCGAUAUGUCAGGCGAUUAGACUUCUUUGAAAAACCUGACUAUGAGUAUUUACGGACCCUCUUCACAGACCUCUUUGAAAGGAAAGGCUACACCUUCGACUACGCCUACGAUUGGGUCGGGAGGCCUAUUCCUACUCCAGUAGGGUCAGUUCAUGUAGAUUCUGGUGCAUCUGCAGUAACUCGAGAAAGCCACACACACAGGGAUCGGCCAUCACAGCAGCAGCCUCUGCGAAAUCAGACUGCAUCGUCCGAGCGCCGAGGAGAGUGGGAAGUCCAGCACAGCCGGCAGACCAAUACCUCGUACCUGACGUCUCACUUGGCUGCAGACCGCCAUGGGGGAUCAGUGCAGGUGGUUAGCUCAACCAACGGAGAGCUGAAUGUCGAUGACCCCACGGGAGCCCACUCCAAUGCACCGAUCACUGCUCACGCCGAGGUGGAGGUAGUGGAGGAAGCUAAGUGCUGCUGUUUCUUUAAGAGGAAAAGGAAGAAGACUGCUCAGCGCCACAAGUGACCCGUGCCUCCUAGGAGUCCUCAGGCCGUGGGGACUCUGACUUGAUUGCACCUGGAGCUCCUGCCAUUUCUCAUUGGAAGGAACUCCUCUGUGGGGGAGGGUAGAGAUCCAAACCAAAAAGAAGAAAACAGAUACCCCAGAAGGAGCCAGUGUGGGCAGCCAGGGCCCAGUGGGUCAGUGGCCAUCCCUGUCUGCCUGAGGCUCUGAGCAGGUCCCAGAGCUGCUGCUCCUCCACUGCCUGCCCUUGGGGCUGCCUGGUUGACUCUCCUUCCCAUUGUUUACAGUGAAGGUGUCAUUCACAAAAACUCAAGGACUACUAGUGUCUUCCCCCACCCCUUAGUUUGCUCCUGGUUCUUGCCCACCCUCAACUCUGUUCAGCAUAAAAGCUAGUGAACAAAAGCUUGUCUGCUGAAGGAGCUCUAGAGGCUGGGGGUGUGGCC